AUGGCUGGGGUGGAGCUGAGCUGUAGAGUUGAAGCCCAGGACACACAGGAGAGAGACGGAGACCAGGUUCAGACACAACUCCUAGUCUCUGGGCCCCUGCUGUUAGAACAUGAGACAGACAGAGGUGGACGGACAGUGGGAUUUUGUUAUGCACCACAUCAGCCCAGUGAUGACAUCACUCUGUCUGAGACUGUGGCUAAAUUUAGACUCAGCCACGGUCGGAGCUGGAAGUGCUGUUGCACUGACGGAGAAGCAGAGCUGAAUAGUCAGUCUGGGAAGCAGGUGUAUGUGUGGUAGGCUAUGUGCUUAUACUGUGGUAUGAAUUGCAUUUUCAGCAUGUAGAAAUGGAUGUUAUAAGGAUUCAUUGCAGUGUUCUCCUCAAAGCCGACUGUGUGACACUGUGAGUGGGAGUGCACAAUCAUCUAAUGCCUUUAUUUCAGGAGCAGAGCGUUCCUGUCACUAUGGGGAUGCAGCAGCAGACAGUACUGUUAAUGUGUGUACUCAAGUAGCAGUAGAGACAUUUUUCUAUAAAAGCAGUGUUGCAAAUGGCAGAGAUUACAGCCUCCCUCGCAUCUGUCUCUCUCAUAAUUUAUGCAGUGAUUGAUUUAAUUAUUUCACAACUUCUCCAAUCAGACAUAGCCAUAAUCCUAAUUACAGCAACAGCAUGCCUGCGGAGGCAGCAUCCCUGUAAUACCGUUAGUGUUAGAGACAGCACCUUAAAAGGGUUGUGUAAUGGUGCCUGAACGCCAUGAAGUGAAUACCCUCCUCACCGCCUUAGUUGUUUAUAAUAGAGUUAGAGCAGCCCGCCAUUAAAGUCCCCCUAACUAAGUCACUGAUUGGUGUGAUGGGUUGACCGUACUGUAUGCGUACAGUAGCCUUCUUUUGUUUAUGCCUAAAGUAGGAUAUUUUGUAACCCAUUGCACACUGGCACUGUCAUGCACAUAGCUGAGCAGGAUGGUGCAGCAACAGGAGGCCAUACGGAGGACGGGGGGACGGGGGGGGACGUGGGCUUGUUCUAUUCUGUGCCUGUGUCACACCCUGGCUCUGGGGACUCUAUAUGUUGAGCCAGGGUGUGUAAGUUCUAUGUGUUUUUGUUCUAUGGUGUAUUCUAUGGGUGCUAUUUCUAUGUUGGCCAGAGUGGCUCCCAAUCAGAGGCAACGAGUGUCAGCUGUGGCUGGUUGUCUCUGAUUGGGAGCCAUAUUUAAACUGUCUGUUUUCCCUUUGUGUUUGUGGGAUCUUGUUCCGUUUUGGUUUGUUGCCGUGUCGGUUGUGUUAUACCGAGGACGUCACGUUUUCGUUUUGUUGUUUUGUUCGUGCAUUCAUUAAAUAAAUAAAUAUGUUUGCAACUAACGCUGCGCAUUGGUCUACUCCGUAUAACGAUCGUGACUGAAGAUCCCACCAAGACAGGACCAAGCAGCGUGAAGAGGAGAGAGGAUGGACCUGGGAUCAGUUGAGUAGGAGUCUCGACUGGGCCCAGCCAAGUGAAGAGCAGAGAGGUUGGACUAUGGAGCAGUGGAUUAAGAGUCUCGACUGGGCCAAGCCAAGUGAAGAGCAGAGUGGUUGGACUUUGGAGCAGUGGGGUGAGAGUCUGGCGAGAACUAGGGAGGCCUGGUCCACGGGGAGGAGAGACACCCAGACAUUUUUUAGGGGGGGGCUCACGACGUGGACGUCGGGGCAGCAGGAGGCCGCGAUAGAGCGGUCCAGUGGGUUGGCAGAGGAGGCCGCCAGGUUACGGGGGCCACUGGUAUUAAAGGGGAAGGAAAGUGUAGAGGCACGGCGAGAGGUACUGGGGUGUGUUACCAGUCCGGUCCGGCCCAUUCCUGAUCCCCGCGUAGGGCCAGUGGUGUGUGUCCCCAGUACGGUCCGGCCUGUUCCUGUUCCUCGCAUCGAGCCUGUGGUGCGCGUUGCCAGCCCGGCCCGGCCUGUUCCUGCUCCCCGCAUCGAGCCUGUGGUGCGCGUCGCCAGCCCGGCCCGGCCUGUUCCUGCUCCCCGCACCAAGCCUAUGGUGCGCGUCGCCAGCCCGGCCCGGCCUGUUCCUGCUCCCCGCACCAAACCUACGGUGCGCGUCGCCAGCCCGGCCCGGCCUGUUCCUGCCACUCGCACCAAGCCUACGGUGCGCGUCGCCAGCCCGGCCCGGCCUGUUCCUGCCUCUCGCACCAAGCCUACGGUGCGCGUCGCCAGCCCGGCCCGGCCUGUUCCUGCAACUCGCACCAAGCCUACGGUGCGCGUCGCCAGCCCGGCCCGGCCUGUUCCUGCCACUCGCACCAAGCCUACGGUGCGUGUCGCCAGCCCGGCCCGGCCUGUUCCUGCAACUCGCACCAAGCCUACGGUGCGCGUCGCCAGCCCGGCCCGGCCUGUUCCUGCCACUCGCACCAAGCCAGGGGUGCGAGUCGUCAGCCUGGUAAGGCCCGUUCCUGCUCCACGCACCAAGCCAGGGGUGCGCAUCGUCAGCCCUGUCCGGUCCGGUCCUGCUCCACGCACCAAGCCAGGGGUGCGUAUCGUCAGCCCGGUCCGGCCCGUUGCUGCUCCACGCACCAAGCCAGGGGUGCGCAUCGUCAGCCCGGUCCGGUUCGUUCCUGCUCCACGCACCAAGCCAGGGGUGCGUAUCGUCAGCCCGGUCCGGCCCGUUGCUGCUCCACGCACCAAGCCAGGGGUGCGCAUCGUCAGCCCGGUCCGGUCCGUUCCUGCUCCACGCACCAAGCCAGGGGUGUGCGUCGUCAGUCCGGCACAACCCGUGCCUGGGUCACCGGUGCCUGGUCAGGUACCGGUCAGCUGCUCCACACCGGAGCUGAACCUAUCCGCUCCUACGAUGUCCAGUUCAGCUCCAGCCAGCGGGGCCAGACCGGACCAGGGGCGCUACGGGGGGAUUAUUAGAGGGUGGUGGUCUAGCCCGGAGCCGGAACCGCCUCCGAGGAGGAAUGCCCACCCAGCCCUCCACUGGUUUGUUGUUGUUCAGGCGCGGUCACAGUCCGCGCCUUUGGGGGGGGGGGGGUACUGUCACACCCUGGCUCUGGGGACUCUAUAUGUUGAGCCAGGGUGUGUAAGUUCUAUGUGUUUUUGUUCUAUGGUGUAUUCUAUGGGUGCUAUUUCUAUGUUGGCCAGAGUGGCUCCCAAUCAGAGGCAACGAGUGUCAGCUGUGGCUGGUUGUCUCUGAUUGGGAGCCAUAUUUAAACUGUCUGUUUUCCCUUUGUGUUUGUGGGAUCUUGUUCCGUUUUGGUUUGUUGCCGUGUCGGUUGUGUUAUACCGAGGACGUCACGUUUUCGUUUUGUUGUUUUGUUCGUGCAUUCAUUAAAUAAAUAAAUAUGUUUGCAACUAACGCUGCGCAUUGGUCUACUCCGUAUAACGAUCGUGACAGCCUGGCCCUGUUUAGUUUGUUUUGUUUCAUCCUCAUUAGCUGCAGCUUUAGAAACCUUUUCCUGUAUUUGCCGGGAAUCUUUUUCCAAGGGAAAUUAUGCAUUUUGAUAAUGAUUUUGAGCCUUAGUGCUCAGGGGGUAUGAACAUAACGUAAACAAAAGGAAUAUGAGUAUAAUAUGAGUGAAAUAUAUUAAUGUUUAAGUCAAUCGGACCCCAUGAAAGCUUUGCCCUUCAUAUGUGGUAGCAGAGUAGAAUGAGAGUUUAAGGCAUGUUGAUGUCUGUCCUUUAUUAUUGUGACUGAUGAUUCCUUGGAUGUUAAUGCGGUGUCUAUAUCAUGGGUUUCUAAUGUACUUUACUGUCUGGGUCAUAUGCUUACAGCAUGAGCUAUUCAUAAGUAAUAUUGAUCUAUGAGCACUCAGCUGCCUUAACAUAGUGGACAAAUUAUUCUAUGAUUAAUUCAGUACUCUAUAUAAUAUAGUACUCUAUAUUAUAUACAGUGUAGUACAUUUUGUAGUAAAUCCAGAUCAAAAAUCCAUCCCUAUGUAUUUUAUUGGUGUGGUCAGUACUAGUUUAGUCUGUUUAUAGCACCAGGCACACAUUAGAAUCUAACAUGCACUGUUCAUGUUCUCUUUUUUCUAAGCUGUGCCCUUGGAUCUGGUUCAGUGUUCUGGUUGCAGACAGCUAGCCCGACAUUUAGAUAAAAGAUCCCACCAGGGUAUGUGAAACAGUGCAAAGUACGAUUGACUUAAUAUUGGUGUCUGAUAAAUCCAAAAUAUUGCAGAGUGGAGUAAUAGUCUAUGGAAUCAGUGAUCAUUUUAUUACAUUUUGCACAAGGAGGGUUUUUAAAGAUAUAUUUAAGUGUCACAAAACUGUUAGAAUCAGAGGACUAAUAAAAUACUGUGUUGAAAUGUUUAGGGAGCAAGUGGGUAAAAUUGACUGGUCACCUGUGCUGGAAAGUGUAGGGGUAGAUAGGGCCUGGGAAGCCUUUAAAUGUAGAUUCCUUGAUGUGGUGAAUGUGAUGGCUCCCAUUAGAUGUGUGUCAGAGUAAAGCAGAGAUCUAGCCCUAAUGAUGAGAUUCUAGAAUCUAUCCAAGCAAGGAAUAAGGCCUUCAAGAAAUGUAAGAACCCUCAAGAGCAGCCUGAUUUUGUCCUAUAUAAAUGUCACAGAAAUGAAGCACAGAGCAGGAUGGAUGAAGCUAAGAGGGGUUACUUUGCUGAUAAAAUCAUUGACAACAAAAAUGACCCUAAAAAGCUUUGGAAGUCAUUUAAGGAACUAGGCUGUAGUAGUACUACCAAAAACAAACGAAAACAGUAUUGGACUGAACAUCAGGGGGGAGAUGGUAUAUGAAAAAACAGAGGUUGCCAAUGAAUGUAACUCUUUUUUUACUUCUGUUGCCAGCAAGCUGGUUAGCAAGCUGCCUACCAGUUCUGGUUUGUAUGGAAAUUACCAAGUCAAUAAGUAUUAUGCCGAGUUAGGAGUUCAGCCAAACUCUUUUUAUUUUGCAAAGGUAGCAACAGCCAAAAUAGCCAGUAUGCUAGCAGAGCUUAAAUGCUCCAAAACCACAGGCCUGGAUAAUAUUCCUGCAAGGUUUCUUAGAGAUUCUGCUGAGCAAAUUGCCCCUUGUAUUACACAUAUCGUUAAUCUCUCUCUGGUACAAGGCAUCUUUCCCAGGGACAUGAAACAAGCUAAAGUUAUAUCUCUGUAUAAGAAGGGGAUAAAGUCUGACCCUGGGAAUUAUAGGCCUGUAUCUAUCCUUGGUAUAACAUCAAAGAUCCUGGAGAGAGUUGUACAUGAGCAAAUGUAUGAAUAUGUCAACAAACAAUGUAUGAUUUUCAGUCUGGUUUUAGAAGAACAUACUCCGCUGAUUGAUGUAUACUUUACUUGACUGACUUCAUCUGGAAAGAAAUUGAUGAGGGAAUUCUCUGUGGAAUGGUACUGCUUGACCUACAGAAGGCCUUUGAUACAGUUAACCACUGUCUCCUAAUCUCCAAACUGGAGGCACUGGGGUUAAGCAGUAUCCCUCUAGGCUGGGUAAAGUCCUAUUUGUCAGGUAGGGAGCAAGUAGUAGAGGUUCAUGGUUCACUGUCUCAGGCAAAACCAAUGAGUUAUGGCGUUCCGCAGGGGAGCGUGCUUGGGCCUCUAUUUUUUUUUUAAAGAUGCUUGUUCUUGCCGUCUUUUCCUUGAUGUGGAUGACUCUACACUUCUGGUGUCUCACAAAAGUAAAACUAUGUUGGAGAGCAUACUUAGCACAGCGCUUACUAACAUUAGCAAAUGGCUUGGAGAUAAUAAGCUAUCUCUGCACUUAGGUAAAACUGAGGCAAUUCUUUUUGGGUCCAGACCUAAAUUGUGUAGAGUUAGGGGGUGAGGUCCUGACUACUAAAACCGCUGUUGGCUACCUGGGGUGGAAGCUUGGGAGGUGUGAGCAUGGCCACUAAAGUGCUAGGGAAGGUUAAUGCCAGGACUACGUUUUUGGCUAGAAAGUCCAAGCUGCUUGAUAAGGACUCCAUUGGAGUGCUAGCCACUGCCCUCAUUCAAUGCCAUUUUGACUACACUAGUACUUCCUGGUUUGGGGGCUUAGCUAAGCUUAUGAAGGGGAAGCUCCAGAUAGCCCAGAAUAAGCUGAUCAGGGUAGUAUUGAAGGUGAGUCCACGUACUCACAUAGGCAGGAGCUGCUUUCAGGAACUCAACUGGCUGCCUGUUGAGGGUGUCCUAGAUUAGACUGGGAUUGGUUUACAGGAGUAUUUAUGGUUCUGCACCCAGAUAUCUAACUGAUUACUUUCCCCAUGUUAGGGAUGCACACAAUCACAGCACCAGAUCAGGUGUUGCUAAUGUGUGCUUAUACAGGUUCAGGAGUAAUGCUGGGAAAGGUACUUUCUUGUAAACUGGAGCCUCAGAGUGGAAUGAGUUGCCUCUGCCCAUAAAAACGACAUUCUCUCUGGGCAGCUUUUUAAAAUAUAGUAAAAAUGUAUUCUGUGCCCAUAUACAUGUACCCUACGAUGUAACUGCAAUGAUGAGAUAGAUGUUAUUCUUCUUUGUUUUUAUGUUUUAUUAUCUCGCUGUCGUACUGUGUUCAACCGUGUUGGAUCUUGCCUAGCCAUCUUGUUUCAAGAGGACCACAAUGAAAAUAAGUCCCAGACUUUAUUGUGUGUUAUCCUCGAUGGUUUUACUCAUGUGCAUGUAUGGCUUUUUCGAGUUGUAUGUGUGCUUGUUUUUUUAAAUGGUUGGAUUAAUAAACUAAACUAAACUAAAUGGCCAAGCCCCACAGAUCUGAUGAAUGUAACAGAGAGCAUGGAUAUGGCUAUAGAGGUCAGCAUGGCCAUUACACAGUAAACGUUGUGCUCUAGUCUAGUGGCUGACCAGUUGGCCCUGGGCAUAGUGAGAGCUGUAGUAGACUGAUCAGAGGGAAUCCACCAUAACUGGCCAUCACAUCUUUAACCCACACAGAUUAGCCUCCAUUAGGCUAAUGUGGCAGGUGGGCGUUUGGGUUGUUAGUAUGGGGGGUUGGGGGUGUGCGUGCAAGUGAGCGUGUGUGGAUGAGUAUUGUGGGAGUUUAUGUGGAUGAGUAUUGUGGUAGUGUAGAGGGAGUUUAUGUGGAUGAGUAUUGUGGUAGUGUAGAGGGAGUUUAUGUGGAUGAGUAUUAUGGUAGUGUAGAGGGAGUUUAUGUGGAUAGUAUUAUGGUAGUGUAGAGGGAGUUUAUGUGGAUGAGUAUUGUGGUUGUGUAGAGGGAGUUUAUGUGGAUGAGUAUUGUGGUUGUGUAGAGGGAGUUUAUGUGGAUGCGUAUUGUGGUAGUGUAGCGGGCGUUUAUGUGGAUGGCUACUUGUGGUUGUGUAGAGGGAGUUUAUGUGGAUAGUAUUAUUGGUAGUGUAGAGGGAGUUUAUGUGGAUGGCUGCUAGGUUAAGCUCUUGUUGUCUUAGGAGAGGCAGAGACACAGGCAGUGCUGGUGGAGACUGUACAGUAGCUGUGUGUGAGGUAGUGUGUUUCUGCAGUAUGGGCUGACGCAGCGCUUUAAGUCCCUCCUAGCAGUGUCCACACACACACACACACACACACACACACACACGCAUCCCAGCGCUGGUUAUCCAUCCUCAUAGACACACUACAGCAGCAGUUGCCCUGCCCUACUGCGAGGCUGAACAUGUCAUCCCCACUGCCAUCCCCCUGUCUCCUCUCCUGUAGCUGGCUGUGACAUUGCCUGUGUCUCUGUGUCCUCAUCAGCCAGCCAGCCUGCUCCUCCUCCUCACUUCCUCCCAUCCUCCCCCAGACUCCCUCCUCCAUUGGUCCUGAAACAGCCUGAUGAGGAAACAGAUUCCAUGGCAACGGCACCACUGGAGACUUUAAUCUAUUCCUGUUGAAUUCAUCAUUUGCCCAUAUCGCUGUCGCCUUCCUUUGUUCUUCAGCUGCUGCCCUGCUGUGUCUGUGUGUGUGUGUGUGUGUGUGUCUCUGUGUGUGUCUGUGUGUGUGUCUCUGUGUGCCAGUAGCUCACCCCCCCCUCUCUCUUUCUCUCUUUCUCUCUUUCUCUCUCUUUCUCUCUCUCUCUCGCUCUCUCUCUCUUCUAUAAGCAGAGUGAGUGAGCGAGCUCCUGCAGCAGGGGAUCUCUGCAUUAGUGCACGCUCCUCUCCUCUCCCUCCCCUUCUCCUUGCGCUCCCCCUCCCCUCCCUGUGCAGCCGCGGCAGUGUGCCUGCGCGCGCAGGGCGGAUGGGGCUGUAUGCCGGAGCUGGGAGCUGCAAGGUGACUGAGGGAAUGGAGAGGGAUGGGAAGGUCUGAGCCACGCUGUGACUGUGUCCCGCCGCUACCACCACCAAGCCCCUCUAGAGCACCCUCUCCUCUCUUCAUCCCCCUCUUUCUCUCCCUCUCUUUGUCUAGACAGAGGUGGACCAGCUGCCCUGCCUCCAGCGCCUCUUUCUCAGCUGCAACAGCAUCACCAGGUAAGAUCUUCUGCUACUGCUUAACCCCCUCCUCUCCAUAGAGCUCAGUGCUGGCAGGUUCCCCUCCCAGGCAGCUCCCUAUAGCUCAGGGCUGGGCCUGGCCUCUGCUGCAGUGGAGGACCCAUACUGCCUGCUCUCUCUCUCUGAGCACACACCUAAUGACUGCUGAGGUGAAGAGAAGGUGUGUCGGCGUGUCGCAUGAAUGGGAAGUGUUUUGUUGCUGUGAAGAGAGUGUUUUCAAACCCCUGUUCUUUUGUAUGGGUAUGCCUUUUGCCUCCCUUAGCCUUAUUUAAACAGUGGAGUUGUCAUUGAGUUCAGUCAGGAGGACACCGAGGCUGAAUGCUGAAGUAGCACUGUCCCUGCCUGUGAAAACAGUCCUGUGAAAUCCCGAUUUAAUAAGACAGUGUUGCCAGCCCAGAGGGCCACAGUUGACUACUGCUGUGAUUAAUUUCUCAUGACAGCUCUUGCUAGCCCACUCUGUUUUAGGCAGUAAAUAAAUAAUUUAAAGCCUGCCUUGCCCAAACAAAAAGCUUAUAUCAAUCUAUAAUGAUGGCAAAAUACAACAUCUAGCCUAAUCUGGCUUGCAUUUGAUCCUUUUUGUGUAAAAUCGUCUGAGAAAUGUAGGCUACUAUUAUCAUGGCAGUGAAGUCCUGGUGGGAUAACAAGUGCCUUUAUUUGACGUCUGCAUAGCUGUAGCUGAGAGAGAAUCCCAGGCUCAGCAAAGCCUUUGGUUGAAGCGAACAUGAUCACAAAUUAGGCCAAUCAGAAGUCCUCUGUGCACACUGUACCCAGCACACAAUUUAUAUUUACAUUUGUAGUGAAUCAACUGUUUACAUUACAUUUCUAUUUUUGUAAUUUAGCUCUGGGAUUUUAACCAGCGACCAUUCGUUCACUGGCCCAACGCUCCUAACCGCUAGGUCACCUGCCACCCUAGUUAGCUUGGCUACCUACUACCCUGUUUAGCCUAGUUAUUGUCUUCCCAUCUCAAACUCUGUUCACCCAGCCCCAGGCCAUGUCUGUUGCUUUCAAUGCCCUCUUCCCACUGCCAGUCCCAGGCCCAAUUAGCACGUUUCCAUGUUUUCUUUUUGUUGAGCUCUGGGUCCUGGGUAUUCAAAAAGGGUAUCAGGUAGGAGAGCUAAUAUUGGAUCAGUGUUGCCUUAAUAAGAUUAUGUGGACUAGGGGGACCUGAUCCUAGAUCAGCAUUCCUAAGCUGAGACGCUUUGUGAAUACGGGCCCUGUUCCCUGGUGGUAAUGUCGACCUAUGGAGGAUAAGGUUCAUUCAACCAAAAUGGAGGUUGGGGGAGCUUUUCUAAGUGAAUGACUCAUUAUAUUAACAAAUAGUAUUUAUCCCAUUGAUAUGUUGUUAAUGACUUGUGUGGUGUUUGUUUUCUCUCUCUGUGUGUAGUUUUGAUGAGCUAGCCUGCCUGGGAGAGUCGGGCUCCCUUUCUGAGCUCACCCUGGAUGGGAACCCAGUAGCCCUGGAGACAUGGUACAAGCAGGCCGCCCUGCGCUGUGUGCUUCAACUCAGACAGCUGGACAUGAAACGUGUCACGGUAAAAAAUAGGCUCGGUGUGUGGGUGUGUGCACGCUCAUGUGUGUCUGUCAUUUCUUGUAUGUGGUUGAGUUUGCGUGGCAGUGGUUGUGUUUUUGUGUGUAUUUCCAGUAGUCAUGCAAGGCAUAACAACACAUUGGCUUGUAAAUACUGAAUGUUGACCUUGACUUGUAAAUACUGCAAGGAUUCUGUAAAGCAACACUUUACAGAAUCCUUGACACUUCCACAUGCUUGAUAUCCAUAGGCAUAAAAGCUGAAUUGCCCGUCAAAGAUGAUGUCAUUGUAUUCACACUACAUACGAGACACUUGAGUUCAGAGGUUGAUGUAUUUGAAAGCUGUUAAGCAGGCAGGCAACACCCAGGUCUGAGCUUGUAGGCUACAUGAACCCUGAGGUAGCACACACACACCUUGCCCUCAGAAUAUGUAGCUUUCUAUUUAAUCUGUGUCGUAGCGCUGCUUUAGAGGAAUGGCCCUGCAGCCAGUAGGAUGAGCAAGUCCUCCUGAGAUCAGAAUCUGAUUUGCACAACUUUCCCCAGAUGAGCACUCGCUCUAUGUGACUGGUAGUAACAUAGUUUGAGAUAUAACAUACUUGCUGUCAGUGCCAGGGCAGGCAGAUAUAAUUUCUGAAUAUAAUGUAAGUUAAAGCUGGCUGCAGAUGUGGAGGAGCUGAACUCCUCUUGCUUUGAGGCAGAAUAGAAUCAAUAGAUGCCAGGAAACGGUUACCGUUGCUCCUCGUGGGAUAUCUGUGUCAACACAACAGACUGGGUUUGUUCAGGUGGAAAUGAACAGUGUUAAUGACUAAAGAUUUUCAACAUUAUUUCACCAAUGUUCUAGUCUACUAAUUAGUGGGAAAGGAUGACAAUGCAUUAUUGAUAAUAUUACAAAUAGCCUAGUUGUGACAGCACUUAAGGUCCUCUACUCAAACUGAUUUCACAUACUGAUUUAACUUUAACUUAGCAUUUUUAUAAAAGGCCUGCCCUUAUAGCAAAAACAUUAUGCAAAGGGUAUGAAAGAUAGUGCUUUGAUUCUGGAGCCAUGACAGCAUUUUGAGUGAACCAUAUCAAAUAAUAUUUUCUCAGCCGAGAGUAGCCAGCGCUAAACAUCCCCUAGAGCUCAGCUGGCAGUCUCAGAUUGGGUCUGCUGGUGCAUUGCAUGCCGGGAGCUCUGCCUGGCACACCCAAACAGCUGGGCUCAGUUCAGUUGAGGCUGCAGCCGAAUAUCAGAGAGACAGACACAGAUAAUCCUAUGAUGCAGCAGGAGAUGCUGCCUCUCCAACUGGUCCUUCCUGUAGAGGGAAAACCUGCAGCCGACAUAACAGACAUUAUUCUGACUGUGCCUCUGUCUCAUGUUGAAUAAUUCAGACUCUCCAUGAAUGGAGCGACACCCUGAUUGUGUUAUUGACCCUCUGUUCUGCAGGAGGAGGAGAGACGUAUGGCCUGCGUUAUGGCCCGAAAGGAGGAUGAGAAGAGGAGGGAGAGUCACAAGCAGGCCAUGCACAAGGUACCUGACUUUCCUUUUGUUGAUCUCUGUCCAUAUUUGUGUUUAACAUACUGUACUAUAUUGUUACUAUCGCAAAUCUCUCGCCAUGUUGACUGACCAAUAUAUUCUUCUGCUCUGACAUAUAUCAAACUGAUGUUAGCUAGUAGAUUGUCACAUAAGCGGCAAUAGAAUUCCACAAUGAUAACAUAGAAUCCAAAUAAUGUCACAGGUCAGUGAUACGAACUGAGCAGACUAGCUGGUGCGAGUUUGUCCUUAACCAAAUAUUUCAAAUAUUUUGUAGCUUAUAAUAUGUUAUAUAAGCGUUUCUGCCGGACGCAUGUCAACAACAUGAUUAAGCCAUACAGAUUUAAUUUGUGGAAAGUGCUUAUUUGGACAAUAACCAAACUCCUUGGCCCUCAAUGCUGUUUGUAAAAAGGUUUUUACCUCCAAAACAUGUCCUGUUUAUUCAUAUGAAGAGCCAAAACUAGUGAAAAUAUGAACAUGCUUAUUGUCUGCUGGCCUUUAGGGUUUAUUAUGAGUACAAUAGGAUGUUAGGUGUGCUUUUGUUUAAACUCAUUGCACAUGUAACAUACACUGCAUGACCCCUUGUAGACAGUGAAUGAGGAUGACUAAUGUGUUGUGGGAGUUAGACUAUAACUGCAUUGUUUAAGGAGAGGGCAAGAGGGCAGUUUUUGACGUCGAACAAUGUAUCAAAUCAUGUACUGUAUAUCAACAUCUAUGAUAUGCUGUCAUAUGUCUGUAAGCAAUUUCUGUUGAUGCUGAGGUACGGGUCAGCAUUUAUCUCAGAUGAUAUCUGUGAAAGCGCUCUGAGUGUUGCUCCCCAAUGGCCACUAAUUCUUAACUACUUGAAAUGCACUGUGGUGUUCAGUCGUCAUGUAAAGAGGAUUCAUCUGCUUUGCAUUAACCGCCCAACCAUGAGUUGAUCAAUGGGGGCAUUAUAGUAGGGAGAUGAAGAAAAGCCACAGCUAGAUAAAGGCUCCACCCACUAUUCCCCAGUAACCCUACAUUUAUGUUUCGAUUUUGAGGCAGUUACGUUUCCAAGGGGGCUCAAAUAACAGUGACUGUAGCUACAAUUCUCAAAGUGUUUCAAUCCACUUCAAUAGUCAUUUGUCUUUUUCCCUCUAUUUUCUCUUCCCUAAGUGUUCCUCACAAUAACUGUUCUAACUACAGGGUUUCUAAGUGCUCCUCUUGUAGAAUAUCAGGUGCCACCAACCUUUGUUUGAGACUGUUUAUGAUUUCAGUUCAAAUCACCAAAACAUGCUUGUCCAAUCAUUAUGUAUCUGUACUGUACUGUAUGUGUUAGAGAAUGCAUACUGUACUGUAUCUAUACUGAGUGUACAAAACAUUAAGAACAGAAUAUCAGGUGCCACCAACCUUUGUUUGAGACUGGUUAUGAUUUCAGUUCAAAUCACCAAAACAUGCUUGUCCAAUCAUUAUGUAUCUGUACUGUACUGUAUGUGUUAGAGAAUGCAUACUGUACUGUAUCUAUACUGAGUGUACAAAACAUUAGGAACAUCUGCUCUUUCCAGGACAUAGACUGACCAGGUGAAUGCUAUAAUCCCUUAUUGAUGUCACUUGUUAAAUCCACUACAAACAGUGUAGAUGAAGGGGAGGAGACAGGUUAAAGAAGGUUUUUUAAGCCUUUGAGACAUGGAUUGUGUAUGUGUGCCAUUCAAUUGGUGAAUGGGCAAGACAAAAGAUUUAAGUGCCUUUGAAUGGGGUAUGGUAGUUUAGCUUUCGACACCUUGUAGAGUCUAUGCUCCAGCGAAUUGAGGCUGUUCUAAAGGGCAAAAAGGGGUGCAGCUCAAUAUUAGGAAGGUGUUCAGCUCAAUAUUAGGAAGGUGUUCCUAAUGUUUUCUACACUCAGUGUAUAUUGCGUGUGUGUGUUCCUGCCUUCCUGCUGCAUUGACUGAUCCAUGCUGAGAGAUCGGCUGGGGGUCUGGAGGGAGUUUAAUUGUCUGUGUGUAAUCCAAGCCAGCUAAUUGAGCUAGUUGAGGAAAUAAUGAUAAAUUGAAUGUUCCGUAAGGUUUCAUGUAGUCUCAGAAUGAUCCACUAUGGAUCCUGUUUGCCAGCCGUCCCAUGUGUGUGAGUGGAGCAUUCCAUUCCAUACCUGCGUGUAUCGAAACGGAACUGAAUAAUGGCAAAAAAAGAACAAAAUCAAGAGGUCGGGGCCCUGCGGCAUGUGCCCUGCGUGCCCGUUCGGUAAUCCGGCCCUGCCUAUCCAGCACACACAAAUUGUACCUUUUUAUUACAACAGAGCCUUUGUAACUGUGGGAGACUAGGUAUUGGUAAGAUAGGCAUGUUUGUAGGUACUGUAGGCUAAGUGACAGUCUAUCAGUUAGAAUAACAUUUGAAGUUUUAUUUUUUGAAGUUAAACAGUAAAUGUGUAUUUGUGUCCAUAGAGUCCUGCUCAUGUUGCGCCUCAGCAGUUCUACACUCAACUUGGACUCAAGUCUCAGGACUCCGCAGUGACAAGCAAGGCAGGUGGAAUAUCUUUGUCUGUAGGCUGUAGCAGGAGAGAGAUGGUCAGUUUCAUAAACUCAUCGUGUCCUCUGUGUGCCCUGCUGAGGACCAAUGCCAACUGAACCCUGCUCUGUUCCCCGUGUGUGUGUGUGUGUGCAUCCAUGUGUGCUUGUGCAUGUGUGCGCUCGUGUGUGUGCCUGUCUGCGUGUGUUUAUGUGUGUGUGCAGGAGAAGCGGCGUCUGGCCAUCCGUAAUGCAGCACUGCAGUGGGAGGGGGUCAGGGCCUGCCUGGAGCUCCCGGCUCAGAACGGGGCCAAGGAGGAAGUCAGCCCAGAGGCCAGCCCCGCCCACAGCCCCGCCCAGACCAAUGGCCUUGCACAGGAGCCUUCUCCGGAUGAGCAGCUCAGGUAACGUUAGGGGGGAGGGGCCAUGCGUAGGGGUGGCACUUUGGGCUCUGGAAGACAGUAGUUAUAGUUGCAGGACUGUUUUAGAGGUAUACAUACUAUGUUUUCUGUUCUGCCAGACGGGUGAGUCCAGUGUCGGCUCCGGACAGGCCAACAGGGGGCAAUGAGAACCGGUUACGCUCCACCAGUCGCCCCAACAGUCCUCGAGACCCCAAGUUGGUACUACACCACACCCAGGAACACAUACACAUCACAGGAGGUUGGCAGCACCUUCAUUGGGGAGGAUGGGCUUGUGGUAAUGGCUGGAGCAGAAUGGGUGGAAUGGUAUGAGAUACAUCAAUCACAUGGUUUCCAUGUGUUUGAUGCCAUUCCAUUCGCUCUGUUCCAGCCAUUAUUAUGAGCUAUCCUCCCCUUAGCAGCCUCCACUGAUACACAUACUCACAGGGGAUAGGAUAUUGGAAUGUAAACAUUCUUCCAAUGCAAUAAAACAUGGUCCCAUUAUAAUUGUUCACACAUUAUAAUUGUUUCAAGUUUAGCCAAUAAAACUGUAUGGUUGGAAAACAUUGAGGAUUUUGUUUCAUUCUCCCAGGCUCCAUAUGUGUCAGAUGACGGGUGUCUACCACAGGUGGCUGGUGGCACCUUAAUUGGGGAGGACGGGCUCAUUGUAAUGGCUUGAACGGAAUUAAUGGAAUGAUAUCAAACACAUCAAACACAUGGUUUCCAUAUGUUUUAAUACCAUUCCAUUCUGGCCAUUAUUAUGAGCCAUCCUCCCUUCACCAGCCUCCUGUGGACUGUCUACACUAUACACUAGCAUACAAAAGGACAUCCCUCUUCAAUAACAGUUCCCUCAAUAGAGACAUGGUUCGCUCUGUUUACACACUCAACAUUUCACCCUCUAACACUUGUUAGUUGCUACACUGAUGUUUUUCACAAAACUGCACAGGGCCCCAUUACUUAGCUAGCUAACUUUGUUGUGAGGGUCUCAUGGACUGUGUCUGUACAGUAUGUGUGAGAAUGGAAGCAGACCUUCGCUCUGUGUCAUUACCUUGUUCUCCAUAUGGCCAUUCCCCCAGCCUGUCCUGACCAGGCUGAGCCCCCGUGCAGCCCCUAAUGUGAGUGUGGAGCUAUGUUGAAACGUCUCCUGGAGGGACUGUAUACCAGGCCUGUGAGUUAUAAGGGGUCAGGCUGAGAUGGACGCUGUGGCUGUGUCAACCAGCGCAAUCCUUCAUGGCCCUAGUUCCCUUAUAGGCUCACUUAUAGCAGGUUGUGUCACAAAUGGGGCCAAGGCUAGGGCUCAAGUGAUUCACCAUACUGUGUGAUGUGGUCUACUUAUGUGUAACCUUAACCGGUUUUUAUUGUUGUGCACAAUUAUCCUAUAGGAUAAAAGAGAAUAACCAUUUUAUGGUGUUUUACAUCUAUAACCUCUGUAAAAAGUGCAGUUUGUCACCUCUCUGUCUGUGAAUGUUUCUAUUUGUUUCAUGUAGUUGAUGUACAGUACCAGUCAAAAGUUUGGAUACACCUACUCAUUCAAAGGUUUUUCUUUAUUUUUACUAUUUUCUACAUUGUAGAAUAAUAGUGAAGACAUAAAAAAAAUGAAAUAACAUAUAUGGAAUCGUGUAGUAAGCAAAAAAGUGUUAAACAAAUCAAAAUAUAUUUGAUACAGUGGGGGAAAAAAGUAUUUAGUCAGCCACCAAUUGUGCAAGUUCUCCCACUUAAAAAGAUGAAAGAGGCCUGUAAUUUUCAUCAUAGGCACACGUCAACUAUGACAGACAAAUUGAGAAAAAGAAAUCCUGAAAAUCACGUUGUAGGAUUAUUUAUGAAUUUAUUUGCAAAUUAUGGUGGAAAAUAAGUAUUUGGUCACCUACAAACAAGCAAGAUUUCUGGCUCUCACAGACCUGUGAGAGGCUCCUCUGUCCUCCACUCGUUACCUGUAUUAAUGGCACCUGUUUGAACUUGUUAUCAGUAUAAAAGACACCUGUCCACAACCUCAAACAGUCACACUCCAAACUCCACUAUGGCCAAGACCAAAGAGCUGUCAAAGGACACCAGAAACAAAAUUGUAGACCUGCACCAGGCUGGGAAGACUGAAUCUGCAAUAGGUAAGCAGCUUGGUUUGAAGAAAUCAACUGUGGGAGCAAUUGUUAGGAAAUGGAAGACAUACAAGACCACUGAUAAUCUCCCUCGAUCUGGGGCUCCACGCAAGAUCUCACCCCGUGGGGUCAAAAUGAUCACAAGAACGGUGAGCAAAAAUCCCAGAACCACACGGGGGGACCUAGUGAAUGACCUGCAGAGAGCUGGGACCAAAGUAACAAAGCCUACCAUCAGUAACACACUACGCCGCCAGGGACUCAAAUCCUGCAGUGCCAGACGUGUCCCCCUGCUUAAGCCAGUACAUGUCCAGGCCCGUCUGAAGUUUGCUAGAGUGCAUUUGGAUGAUCCAGAAGAGGAUUGGGAGAAUGUCAUAUGGUCAGAUGAAACCAAAAUAUAACUUUUUGGUAAAAACUCAAUUUGUCGUGUUUGGAGGACAAAGAAUGCUGAGUUGCAUCUAAAGAACACCAUACCUACUGUGAAGCAUGGGGGUGGAAACAUCAUGCUUUGGGGCUGUUUUUCUGCAAAGGGACCAGGACGACUGAUCCGUGUAAAGGAAAGAAUGAAUGGGGCCAUGUAUCGUGAGAUUUUGAGUGAAAACCUCCUUCCAUCAGCAAGGGCAUUGAAGAUGAAACGUGGCUGGGUCUUUCAGCAUGACAAUGAUCCCAAACACACCGCCCGGGCAACGAAGGAGUGGCUUCGUAAGAAGCAUUUCAAGGUCCUGGAGUGGCCUAGCCAGUCUCCAGAUCUCAACCCCAUAGAAAAUCUUUGGAGGGAGUUGAAAGUCUGUGUUGCCCAGCGACAGCCCCAAAACAUCACUGCUCUAGAGGAGAUCUGCAUGGAGGAAUGGGCCAAAAUACCAGCAACAGUGUGUGAAAACCUUGUGAAGACUUACAGAAACGUUUGACCUGUGUCAUUGCCAACAAAGGGUAUAUAACAAAGUAUUGAGAAACUUUUGUUAUUGACCAAAUACUUAUUUUCCACCAUAAUUUGCAAAUAAAUUCAUAAAAAAUCCUACAAUGUGAUUUUCUGGAUUUUUUUUCAUUUACAUUUUUACAUUUUAGUCAUUUAGCAGACGCUCUUAUCCAGAGCGACUUACAGGAGCAAUUAGGGUUAAGUGCCUUGCUCAAGGGCACAUCGACAGAUUUUUCACCUAGUCGGCUCGGGGAUUAGAACCAGCGACCUUUCGGUUACUGGCACAACGCUCUUACCCACUAAGCUACCUGCCGCCCUCAUUUUGUCUGUCAUAUUUGACGUGUACCUAUGAUGAAAAUUACAGGCCUCUCUCAUCUUUUUAAGUGGGAGAACCUGCACAAUUGGUGGCUGACUAAAUACUUUUUUCCCCCACUGUAUUUGAGAUUCUUCAAAUAGCCACCCUUUGCCUUUAUGACAGCUUUGCACACUCUUGGCAUUCUCUCAACCAGCUUCACCUGGAAUGCUUUUCCAGUCUUGAAGGAGUUCCCACAUAUGCUGAGCACUUGUUGGCUGCUUUUCCUUCACUCUGCCGUCCUACUCAUUCCAAACAAUCUUAAUUGGGUUGAGGUCGGGGGAUUGUGGAGGCCAGGUCAUCUGAUGCAGCAUUCCAUCACUCUCCUUCUUGGUAAAAUAGCCCUUACACAGCCUGGAGGUGUGUUGGGUCAUUGUCCUGUUGAAAAACAAAUGAGAGUCCCACUAAUCCCAAACCAGAUGGGAUGGCGUAUCGCUGCAGAAUGCUGUGGUAGCCAUGCUGGUUAAGUGUGCCUUGAAUUCUAACUAAAUCACAGACAGUGUCACCAGCAAAGCACCCCCACAUCAUAACACCUCCUCCUCCAUGCUUUACAGUGGGAACUACACAUGCAGAGAUCAUCCGUUCACCCACACCGCAUCUCACAAAGACACGGCGGUUGGAACCAAAAAUCACAAAUUUGGACUCAAAUUUCCACCGGUCUAAUGUCCAUUGCUCGUGUUUCUUGGCCCAAGCAGGUCUCUUCUUAUUAUUGGUGUCCUUUAGUAGUGGUUUCUUUGCAGCAAUUCGACCAUGACGGCCUUAUUCACACAGUCCCCUCUGAACAGUUGAUGUUGAGAUGUGUCUGUUACUUGAACUCUGUGAAGCAUUUAUUUGGGCUGCAAUUUCUGAGUCUGGUAACUCUAAUGAACUUAUCCUCUGCAGCAGAGGUAACUCUGGGUCUUCCAUUCCUGUGGCAGUCCUCAUGAGAGCCAGUUUUAUCAUAGAGCUUGAUUGUUUUUGCGACUGCACUUGAAGAAACUUUAAAAGUUCUUGACAUUUUCUGUAUUUACUGACCGUAUUCUACAAUGUAGAAAAUAGUAAAAAUAAAGAAAAACCCUUGAAUGUGUAGGUGUGUCCAAACUUUUGACUCUAAGUGUAUGUUUGUGAUUCUUGAUUUUCACUACUUUGGGUGUCUUACAGUAGAUAUUUUACAGUAAAUAUGCCCAUGGGAAUAUUCCUGUUCCUGAAAGUAUAGAAGAGGAGAUGAUAGAUGGACUGAGCAGUGAUUUAUAGAUGUGAUGCUCUACAGUUAUGACCCUCUAUCAUCCCAUGGUAAGGGAUUACCAGCCUCUGUGGAGGUCUGAAUUUGUGAAAUCAAAGCAUGAAUGAUUAGCUUUAUCUGUGGAUUGAUAGUCUGUCCUGGCCCGGUAUAUUCCUCCUUAAUCCUCAAGACAGACAGGGUUCUUCAUUCCCACAUGCUGGGCAUAACUGGGCCUGUCUCUCUCUGUCCUCCACAUCUGGUUCUGCUCUGAGACCGGGGAGGGGGGCAGGGGGAGCAGGGGGACCCCCUGGUGUGGAGGGUUUUCCUCCUUGAGAGAUGGAGGGCCUGGAGGCUGCCUGCUGCUCUCUCCCCACAUCGCUUACAUUAACAUGGGCUUCUGAGAAAAAAUAACCACUGGCGUCUGCAGUAUUAGAUCCAUUAGCUCUGGAUAUGCUAUUUGUUGUUCCCUGGGAGUGACCGGGAAUGUUCACAUUUAUCACAAAAAAUCAGCGUGGGACAGUUCACACGUUACUGCUGCUGCUGUGUGAAGACACAUGGAUCAUCGUCUUUGUAAGAGCAUGUGAGAGAGGCCCAACUAAAGUCCUGCUAAUUAACAACUACAUAAACAUGAAUAGAUGCGAUAGAGCAAUCUGCAGGUUAGUUGAAUUGUUUGAUUUUACUAGUGCUUGAGAAACUAGCUGAAAGGAAUGCGCCCAGUGAAAGUACUGCACCUCAUCACUUCAGAGCACUUGUCAGGGCAAAAUGGUGAUGUUUGGCACACACAGAGGCAUGAACUUUGGCUAACCUUGUGCAAUUAUACCUAGUUGGCUAGAAUUUGUGUAUUUAUGCAGUAAGUGUUUAUCAGUAUUGUCAAUGACCUUUUCAAGUUCCAUGUUCCACAUCAAGCUGGAGUGGUAGAUGAUAUGGGUUGACUGAAAUGGGCCGCUGCCCCUCAGCAGGUAAAGGGAAACAUAUGAUGUCAUCUCUGUUUGGCAUUAGCAGCCCGACCAGAGCUGGAGAAUAAUUAACACAGGAGCAAAUGUUUACAGUGCAUUUAGAAUGGAGCAAGGAACGAACCCCUUUUAGUGUGUUAGGAUGAGAGUUGGAAUAGGAGAAUGGCUUGUCUCGCUGAGUGCUUAGCGAGUUUUGUGUGUGUGUGAAUGUCUGUCCGUGAGUGUGUGUGAGCGUGCGUGCAUGCGGGAGCAAGCUUGCGGGUGUGUGUGUGCCCGUCCGACUGCUGGAAGGUAGCCUCUGUUUUAUAUUUCUUUGUGAGCAGACUAGAGGAAGAUUUAUUCGUUUUUGUUUCCCUUGAGAUAUGACAGGAGGGAAGAGUUAUUACCCAGAAAUCCAAUAUUGGGGCUGGCCAGAGAAUGGAGGGGAGACAUCAGUGCCCACAUCCUAUGUAUAUAUUAAUUAAAUACAGAGGCAUGCUGGGUCUCCAAACAGGUGGAGGGGCAAGCACAUAAAUCUUCAAGUUCUACUUAUGAUGAGAGAAGGAAGUGUGGGAAUGAGAGAUAAAAUAUGAUGCCACCACCUCUCAGAAACACUUCAAUAAACCACAAGACUUCAUUCAAUAAAUGUUACAUCUACAUCAUGCCAAAGAAAUAAAGAAAUAGCCUGGUUCCAGAUCUGUGUCUACAUCACGCCAGGAGAAAUAUACAGAAAUAGCCUGGUUCCAGAUCUGUGUCUACAUCAUGCCAGGAGAGAUAUACAGAAAUAGGCUGGUUCCAGAUCUGUGUCUACAUCAUGCCAGGAGAGAUAUACAGAAAUAGGCUGGUUCCAGAUCUGUGUCUAUAUCAUGCCAGGAGAGAUAUACAGAGAUAGCCUGAUUCCAGAUCUGUUUCUGCUCUAGCCAACUCAUCUGACUAUCGUUUUCAUGCUUUAUUGCAGACACUGUACAGAUCUGCGACCAUGCUAAUAGAGAAAUUGCUUUAACAAUUUUAUUUUUCUUUCAGUUUAGAAAAUUAUGAAAGGUUCUUCUCACAUCAUGACAAGCUAAAUAACCAUGUUUCUUAUGUGGGUCUAUCAUAGCUAGAGAAUUGGAGACAAAUGUAGGCUCAUCUACUACAUGUCAAAUUGAUGGGUUAUAACUGCUCAGAAAUGGCAGACAUCGUUUUGAAGUUCCUGCUGGAUUAGGUCCAGAUAAUAGAAUUUUAGUUCAGAGCUGCUGAACACAUCAGGAAAUGUUUUCCACAGUUCGACUUUCUUCAGUUUGAUCAUCUUUGUGUCUCCUCUUCCUCAAAGAGGCUGUGAGGGCACGUUUCGGAGUGUUUCAGGAGGGAAUUUGGAGGCACCUGGCAGUCUAUCAAGAGUGAUUACCAGGAACAAUACAUGACACAGUGCAGAGUGUGCUGAUGGCAUGCUUCCAGACUUCCCCAGAAAGGGAUGAAAAGUUACCAUCACUCUUCUUUACUCUAUCUACAUGUUACCUAGUCUCCUUUCUCUCUCUCUCUCUCUCUCUCUCUCUCUCUCUCUCUCUCUCUCUCUCUCUCUCUCUCUCUCUCUCUCUCUCUCUCUCUCUCUCUCUCUAUCUCUCUCUCUCUCUCUGUCUGUCUCUAUCUCUCUCUGUCUGUCUCUGUCUGUCUGUCCAACUGCUUUUGAUUUAGUACCUUUGGCAAAGCCACCUCUGAGAGGUGUGGCGUGUCCUGAAGAUUAGCACCGUCUUUCACUGACUGGCGCCCGUCUGUCUAUCGCUGGCCCAGACCUCCGCUACGCUCCAUGGGGCCUGGGUCUCCCAGUGUGUGUGUGUGAGUGAGGAGACCUCCAGAUAGUAGCUCCCAGAACGAGAUGCUUCCCUCCGUGUGGCCAGUAGCACCCCCUUGCUCUAACAUCACCACUCACAUUCCUCGCCUGCCCCUCGGUGUCAGACGCGGCGCUUCCUUGAAACGUGACACUGUUUAAUUAAGAUUGGGUUUUACACCCACCGCGUGGUGGGUCGUCUUAUAUUAAUAUGUAGGCAGCAACAAGGCCUGCUAGAAAAAUUGUUCUCCAUGAUUGAUUUGGACGCUACUCUGUCAGUCACUGCUGGAUUCUUGGAAGCGGCUCGUACUGAAUGUUAGGAUUAUCCGGAGGUUGUGUUUAUUAGCUAAUGUAAUUUCUGGGUUGUUUUGUUAAGGUUGGGUUUUCUCCCAGGUUAUUAAAACUCUGAGGGGAAAUUGAGUAUUACAGCAGGCGUUAAUGACUGAACUCUGAGGCAGCCAUGGGCAGUUCACUGACUCUCACUCACUCACUCACUCACUCACUCACUCACUCACUCACUCACUCACUCACUCACUCACUCACUCACUCACUCACUCACUCACUCACUCACUCACUCACUCACUCACUCACUCACUCACUCACUCACUCACUCACACACACACACACACACACACACACACACACACACACACACACACACACACACACACACACACACACACAUACACACACACACACACACACACACACCAGUCAUGGUGGCCUUAACACGGUUUAACACUGUAGCUAUGUGACCUUUAACCCUGGUGUCCUGAAUCUCUCUGGCUCACAUUCACCUGUCUGUGUCCUAGUGCUGGAGUCAACCCUAGAGCUGUAACGCUGCAGCUUGUUAACAAACUGCUCCCUUGUGUCCCUCUGCAGCAGCGGCCUUGAUAGUGGGCUUUGGAAUUUCCUGCCAUGGUUAUUACAUGAUAAUCACAAGUCAAUCAACUUUUUAAUCUCUCCUCUGUUCCAAUACACCUUAUUUUGUACCAGAACCUUCCAUGUUCUCUUCGGCCCUCUCUUUCUGGGUCAGCACACUUGUCUGACCAUCUUUGUAUCAUCUCUUCUUCCUGUUCUAGCUCACAGUACAAAGCCUCUUUCAGGUUCUCAGACCUUGAUCCCUCUUUGUUCUCUGUCUCUGCUUACCUGGACAGCAUCUUGCCAGGUCUUAGAUGCACUAAAAGGUGCAGCAGACAUAGAUAUGAGAGGAGGAUAGGAGUCAGUCCUCAGUCCUCUAGAGAGAGAGAAGUGACCUCCAGGGGAUCAGGUUUGGUGUGUGACAACAAUGAUGGCUUUUUAAAGAAGCCUUGUUUCCCUCCCCUGACUCUGUAACAAUCAGCCCAACAAGACUUGGCCUAUAGGAUUACAGCUUCAAUAGUCUCAGGAUUAGUCCUCCCUUGUGUUUUCUUUUUCCAUGUUCAGCGGUGUUACAUUCUAAAGGGUGAAAAAUAUGAAUAGACUGAUUAGUUUGUUGGUGGGUGAACUCUAAUGGCUAGUGUUGACUGCUGGUCCGUGCAGCCAUAUGAUCCUCUGGUAUGCAGCAGGUCUCCUGAGUGUCAGCAGACUGGGAGGCAGGGAGAUAGGUCAGAGAGACCCAGGGCAGCUAGUGAGGCUCCAACAGGGACAGAGAGAUCAUGUCUCCCUGAGACUCACCCUGAUUCUCUACUCUCACGACUCCUUAUCGGGGAAGGGCACUUCAACUGUUGUCACAGAGAAUGGAAAGCAAUUAGGCAGCAUUGAAAGACAAAUGUUACAUUCACUUAGCUCUGAUUACCCCGCUCACUGCUGUUUCUCUCCCCUCCACUGAUUGGCCCAUUUAUUCAGACACAUGUAAACUAAGAUACCUUUGUCUUAAUGAUAGUCAGAGGAUCCUGGAAACUUGUGACUGUGCCAGGUGGGUGGAGAGUUGUCCAGGUGGGUAUUACUUAAUGUACCUGGGGAGCCGCCAUCAUGUUUCGAAUUACCAGGGGCUGGGGGGGGCUGGGCAUCCUCCUUAACAAAUCAGGUCCCCAUCCUCACAGGUGUGUGUGCUGACUGUCUGUUUCUCUGUGUGUUCCAGGCUCCUGGAGGCAGGGGGUGCCAGCGUGCAGAGCCUCUCCCUGUCAGACAACCACCUGGCGGAGCUGGAUGGGGAAACUCUGCGCCUGUUUGGCCUCGGGGCCCUGGAGGCCCUGGAGAGAGGCUGGGGGGUCCAGACUGCAGGGGCCGUCACUGUCAUAGCCUUCCGCUACAUCCACUUUGAUGCGAUCGUGCCAACACUGCCACGCAUAAGGGUCAAGUUCCCCAACCUAUCUGUGAGAACACAUUUACUACAGAUUACAUACUGUUCAAUAAAGUGUCUUCUUAUUGGCUACUAUGAUAGGAGCCAUAUUCUUACCAUGGUAACACGUUGGAGUUCUAAACUGAGGGGUCUCAUUGGCCAAAGGAUACUGAUAUGGUCACUCAUUAACUGGUUUACUGACUUAUUAUGGUCUCCUCCAUAUAGCACCUGAUUUUCCUGGAGACCAACAUCAGCCGUCUUCCCCAGCUGGCUGCGCUGGCCCAGGUGAGACGUCUGGACCAGCUGACCAUCCACCCAGAGGGGAACCCUGUAGUCAGCCUUUACCUGUGGAGAUCCUUCCUCAUCUACCGCCUGCACCACUUCAACCUGCACAAGAUCAACAGCCUGGAGGUAGGAUCCACCUUUAACACUCAGAAAAAAUCUACCAACAUGUUUUGUCUUUCAGCAUCUUUGUGCUGUAAUGUUCUAAACAAGGUGUUAGCUGAUGGCAUUUUUCUUGUGUGUGUGUGUGCGCAUUUUUAUGUGUAUGUGUUUGCAUUUAUAUUGUGUGUGUGCACCAGGUGACCAUGAAUGACGUGAUCUCUGCAGAGCGUCUGUUUGGGACGCUGGGUCAUAUCGCUGCCACCGAGACACCGCGCUGCCGCCUGCUAGUGCUGCUGGAGGAGUCCAGGUGAGCUCCCUACCCACAGCACCUGGUACCUGGCACUGACUGACACACACCUGGUACCUGGCACUGACUGACACACACCCGGUACCUGGCACCGACUAACACACACCUGGUACCUGGCACUGACUGACACACACCUGGUACCUGGCACUGACUAACACACACCUGGUACCUGGCACCUGGCACUGACUGACACACACCCGGUACCUGGCACCGACUAACACACACCUGGUACCUUGCACUGACUGACACACACCUGGUACCUGGCACUGACUGACACACACCUGGUACCUGGCACUGACUAACACACACCUGGUACCUGGCGCCGACUAACACACACCUGGUACCUGGCGCUGACCGACCCACACCUGGUACCUGGCACUGACUGACACACACCUGGUACCUGACACCGACUUACACACACCUGGUACCUGGCACUGACUAACACACACCUGUUACCUGGCACUGACUGACACACACCUGGUACCUGGCACUGACUAACACACACCUGGUACCUGGCACUGACUGACACACACCUGGUACCUGGCGCUGACUGACCCACACCUGGUACCUGGCACUAACUGACACACACCUGGUACCUGGCACUGACUAACACACACCUGGUACCUGGCACUGACUGACACACACCUGGUACCUGGCACUGACUAACACACACAUGGUACCUGGCACUGACUUACACACACCUGGUACAGCUCUCUACAGAACCUGUCUGAGUGUGUUUUUGAAUGUGUGUACUGUGUGCGUGUGUGUGUCUGUGUGUGCGUAUGUUAAUGAGUCUGUGUGUGAAGGAUAGACAAAGCCUGGUAUGGAGGAGCCAUAGGGAGUUGGUUGGAAGCGGUGUCCCAGGGGUAGGGUGGGUACCUGGUACCUUCCUCACGUUCACAUUCCUCUCCCCAGCACAACGCUCUUCUAACUAUAUCUCUGGUCCACUGAAACACACCAGUCCUGGCGCUGUAUCGACCAACUGGUACCUCACUACUGCCACAGCCUGUAGGGGACCCGUUCACUGUACCCCGGCAGACACCAACCUGUCCAGGCAGAACUGUACAAACUGGUAUUGGCACAAACAAAACGAGUGCCAACUGGUCUGGCGCUGACUGACUCCAGUCCAGGUACCUGCAUAACUCAACCCUGGACGCCCGAUAUGAAAGCACACACUGAUGUACUGACCAACCGACGCAUUACCAAACACACAGUCACGGCAUACUUACAACCUGGUAGCUCCGAAUCAAACCCUAGUGUUAAUGGGUUACGGUGCCUGCUUUUACAGACUGAAGGAUAACAAAGCCUGUACGAUCGUUGGUUUGAAGGGACCAGGGCAGAGUGUGGACUGGAACUACUACUUAAUUCUCUAGCAAAGUGCAAACACCGAAUGACAACAAAACAAACAUAAACGAUGGAAUACUGUUAAAAGUUCAUUGGCAAACAAAAGGCCAACUGCUGUUCUACUGACUUCCAGUUCCAGUUCCUCUUUCAUAACUCAUACUCCCUGACGCCCGAUAUGGAAAGCACAAUAAUGUAUGCCAUUUAGCCGACGCUUUUAUCCAAAGCGACUUACAGUCAUGCGUGCAUACAUUUUUACAUAUGGGUGGUCCCGGGAAUCAAACCCACUACCAUGGCGUUACAAGCACCAUGCUUUACCAACUGAGCUACAAAGGACCACACCAAUAGCCUGAAGCUGAUCAUUAUUUUCAGAUCAACAGUGAAACGGUAUUCACUGUGACCUGCUGACAUUGCAUGAUAAUGCAUAGUUUUGUCAAAUAAACAUUUUAUAUGUAUAGUAUGGUUGAUAACAUGAACUUCGACCUCCUUCAGAAAUACUAUUUGAACAUUAACUUGAUCUUAUAAAGAGUGUUUUUAUAGACUGGUACAGGGCAGAUGAAAACGCUAUUGAUGUGAUGGCCACUCCAUGGAGAUCAAACAUGUAGCCUACGGUUAUUCAUGUCAUAAAUCUCCCUACUUCCCUGUUGGCUUGAAUUAAUUCCUCUUUAUGAAUCACAAUACACUUUUGUUGGUACAGUGCAAAAUAUGUUCUGAAAAGUUGAAUGAGUGCCAGAGCAUUUUGUGUGUAAUGUGUAUCUGACUAAUAUAUUGUUUUACAAGGGCUGUGGCUUUGGAAUGUCUUUGAAUGUGUAUAUAUUUAUGCUUGUGUGUGCCGCAGGUAUGUGUAAUGUACUGUAAAUGUACUGUAUAUCUCUUUCUGUGUGAGGCCUUGAGAUGACAGGCCAGUGCAUGUCUGUCCCUAGCAGCUGUCGUUUGCAUCGUUCGAUGUGAGAAACGGACGAGCAUGGCAGUUAGUUCAGUUCCCUAAUCUGUCCCUUCAGGUUCGCUCUGUACAAUUACCCACAACACCCCUGGGCCUUCUGGAGCGGAGCAUGGAAGAAAUGUCUGAGUAUCAAACAAUACUUUCUUGUUGAGCUGCCUUAUGGAAUUCAUCCUGUUUUCCCCCAGCUGAGCCCACUGACGUACUCUGCAGCAGCCCUAACCUUUUAAGUCCAGUAAUGUGUGUGUAUUUGAUUAAGGUUUAACCUUCCAUAUAAACAAUGUAUAAACUUCCCCCCUCAGCCUCUGCACAGUGCACAGUGCUCUCACACUACUCCCUGUAGUUUGGUCCUUCCAGGAAAACCUCUCCUCAGAGAUGGAGAGUGUAGUCCUGUAAUAAUUAGGAUGGGAGUGCACUACAGUCAUUAGUGAAUGGUUUCAGAUCCAGUACAGACGUAUAACCCUGAGCUAUGCAUUAUACAGUCAUAUUUAGGUUUGAACACUCCAUGAGGGAACACAUAUGGUCAUGGGUAGGGUAGAUAUUGCUAUGAUGGUAGCCAGAGCAAAGGCUAUGAUGGCUAUUAUGCUUUUGGUGUAUUGCGGUUGAGGACCAAGUCAUAAUCAAAAGUCCUAGAACAUGAGAGAAGGCCAAAAGCCUGAAGAGAGGGAUUUUUUGGGGAGACAGCUUGUCCUGUUGUGUGAACCAUCAGGUGAUAGUAUUGAUAUUCAUAUUUGUGAUACAAUACUAAUGACUGGAGGCCAGAAAAGAGUCAUGAACCCAAUGUAGGAGUGGUUCAUCCUUCUUCUAAGUUGAUUAAGUUGAGUUGUGGGCUGUUAUACUGGGGUGUUUGCUUUCAACCUCCACUCUACUGUACAGUAUCAUUGUACAGUAGAGUACAUGCUCAGCUAUGGUGAAUGGGGGCUGUUUGAUAGAUACACACCACUCAGUUGAUCCUCUGCCCACCUACACAUACAGUGUUCAGGCUCUCUGUCUCCCACACACAACCACACACACUUAUCCCAGUAGGUAUUUUAGCCUGCAGCCUCCGCCUCAAUGACUAUUCCAGAGUUCUGGCACCAGCGUUUGGAACAUGUUGGUGCAGUGCUGAAUUUCAUGAGAUUAAUAAUGAUGGACAGGGACGUUUGAUGUAGCUAACAUCCUUUAUUAAUGUUCUCAUCCUGGUUACAUCUGUACCAAUCCUACUGCUGAAAACCAUACGACUGACAAAACGGAUGAAAAAGCUGUAAAGAUUAACAACAUUUAUGUAGAAGUACUUUAUCAUUUCCAAUUCAUUGUAAGUAAUUGUUUGGCUUCCAUGGAAUUCAUGUUGGCACCGCCUACUGUAAUAGUAUCUGAUACCAGAGUCUUGACAGGUGUGUUAAUGCGGAGCAUUGAGUGAUGUCAUUUACUAUUUGUCGAAACGAGUACUGUGAUACUUUGUUAUUCCCUUCUUUGACGAUGGCACUGCCCCUGGCAGGGUUAUUGAAUGCCCAGAUGCCACAGACAUGUCAAACUCACCUGUCCCCCUUGCAUAGAUGUAGGGGUGCUGAGGGUGAAACAUCUGAAAAGAUAAUACAAUGUCAUUACAAAAACAUUAUUAUUUGAAAAUAAUAUUUUUUUCACAAAAGUAGUGCAGUGGGUGGGUGUUUACUAGUAUUAGCGGACCGAUAUAGACGUCUGUAGCGCAGGCAAAAACAUUGUUUCACUAUCUUGCAGGAUUCAAUAGUUGGAAUUGUAAGUGUUGUUGCCCUGUCCCUUUCUCUGUGAUUGUCAUUCUAAUGGAAUCCAGAAAGUACAAAACACUGUCCUCAAACAUUUACAUCAAAAGGUGAAAAGUUAUGGGCAAAGACACAAAACAUCCACAUCAAAUUAAAGAUUUUUCUUGAUCAAAUAACAUGGAAAACAACCCCUUUUUGUGCAAUAUUAAUUUACCAUCCUUACAAACCACUUAAUGUGAAUGUACAUUACUGUAUUUUACAUAGGCUGGUCAUCUACUGUAGGUUUGCACCUGUAGACUUUCCAUCACCAUGAAGAUAAACAAUGCACAAUACAGUAAUUAAGUACAUUGAGCCAUCAAGUGGUUUGUGAUGAUGUGGCUCAGUUGUGGGUUCGAUUCCCACAGGGGACUAGUACGAAAAAGUAUGAAAAUGUAUACAUUUGCAAAGUAUUUCAAGAAACUGGAAUAAUAGUGAAACAUCAAAACUAUGAAAUAACACAUAUGGAAUCAUGUAGUAACCAAAAAAGUGUUAAACAAAUCAAAAUAUAUUUUAUAUUUGAGAUUCUUCAAAUUGCCACCCUUUGCCUUGAUGACAGCUUUGCACACUCUUGGCAUUCUCUCAACCAGCUUCAUGAGGUAGUCACCUGGAAUGCAUUUCAAUUAACAGGUGUGCCUUCUUAAAAGUUAAUUUGUUUGAGCCAAUCAGUUGUGUAGGGGGAGUAUACAGAAUAUAGCCCUAUUUGGUAAAAGAGCAAGUCCAUAUUAUGGCAAGAACAGCUCAAAUAAGCAAAGAUAAAUGACAGUCCAUCAUUACUUUAAGACGUGAAGGUCAGUCAAUACGGAAAAUGUCAAGAACUUUGAAAGUUUCUCCAAGUGCAGUCGCAAAAACUAUCAAGUGCUAUGAUGAAACUGGCUCUCAUGAGGACCGCCACGGGAAUGGAAGACCCAGAGUUACCUCUGCUGCAGAGGAUGAGUUCAUGAGAGUUACCAGCCUCAGAAAUUGCAGCCCAAAUAAAUGCUUCACAGAGUUCAAGUCACAGACACAUCUCAACAUCAACUGUUCAGAGGGGACUGUGUGAAUCAGGCCUUCGUGGUCGAAUUGCUGCAAAGAAACCACUACUAAAGGACACCAAUAAGAAGAAGAGACCUGCUUGGGCCAAGAAACACGAGCAAUGGACAUUAAACCGGUGGAAAUGUGUCCUUUGGUCUGGAGUCCAAAUUGGAGAUUUCUGUUUCCAACUGCCGUGUCUUUGUGAGACGCGGUGUGGGUGAAUGGAUGAUCUCCACAUGUGUAGUUCCCACCGAAAAGCAUGGAGGAGGAGGUGUUAUGGUGUGGGGGUGCUUUGCUGGUGACACUGUCUGUGAUUUAUUUAGAAUUCAAGGCACACUUAACCAGCAUGUCUACCACAGCAUUCUGCAGCGAUACGCCAUCCCAUCUGGAUUGGGCUUAGUGGGACUAUCAUUUGUUUUUCAACAGGACAAUGACCCAACACACUUCCAGGCUGUGUAAGGGAUAUUUUACCAAGAAGGAGAGUGAUGGAGUGCUGCAUCAGAUGACCUGGCCGCCACAAUCCCCCGACCUCAACCCAAUUAAGAUGGUUUGGGAUGAGUAGGACGGCAGAGUGAAGGAAAAGCAGCCAACAAGUGCUCAGCAUAUGUGGGAACUCCUUCAAGACUGUUGGAAAAGCAUUCCAGGUGAAGCUGGUUGAGAGAAUGCCAAGAAUGUGCAAAGCUGUCAUAAAGGCAAAUGGUGGCUAUUAAAAUAUAUUUUGAUGUAUUUAACAUUUUUUUGGUUACUACAUGAUUCCAUAUGUGCUAUUUCAUAGUUGUGAUGUCUUCACUAUUAUUCUACAUUGUAGAAAAUAGUAAAAAUAAAGAAAAACCCUUGAAUGAGUAGGUGUGUCCAAACUUUUGACUGGUACUGUAUAUCAAGCAAUAAUUUUUAUAUUCCACAAGUAUUAUCAGAUUAACUGUUUUGUACAGAUAAUUAUCAGACUCAAGUUACAAAUGCUGGUAAACACUCAAAUACAUUUAGUGUCAAAGAAAAUCACAAAAGUAGUGCACUGGGCCUUUACUAGUCCUGUAUUAGCGGACCGAUAUGGACGUCUUCAGCGCGGUCAAAUUUGUUUUUCUGCAACAAGAAAAACAGCACCCCCACCCCGAAACUACUUCCCCCUUGUCUCAAUCUCUCUCUCUCUUUCUCUCUCUCCCUGGAUCUCGUUCUCUCGCGCUCUCCCCCCUCUCUCUCUUUCCCUCCCUCCUUCCCUGCCUCUCUCUCUAGGAAGCGUCAGCUGCAGUUUCUGUUGGAGGGGCGUGGGCGGCGUGCAGGCUUAAGCCCAGAGGAGCUGCGUGACAACGGCAAGCUGCUGGGAGAGGGCCUGAGCAGAGCCCUGUUCAACUACCCCAGUAGAGGCUGCUGCAGUGUGGGAGCAGAGAGCCCCGAGGUCAGCACUGUCAGACUAUCACUGUCUGUAGCCUGGUCCCAGUGGUGAUGACUGCAGUAGCAGAGUGGGAGCAGCCAGUCUAGCCUGGUGGUCCCAGAUCUCUUCCAGCACAAAGAGAUCUGGGACCAGGAUAGACUGGCUGCUCUCACUCUGCUACUGCAGACAUCAGCACUACCUGUCACUGUAUACCUGAUGCUUCAUACUGUAUUAGAUUUAUUGAGGGCAUGUUUUAUACAUUUACAGCAGUAAACCUCAUUCCUGCUCCUUGAGCAGUGAAACACCUGAUUUAGCCAAUAAAAGUAUUGAAGACAGUGGCUCUCCUGGAGAAGAAUUGAGGAUCACUUAUUUACAGUGUAGCAUGAUUACCAUCCAAUAGGAUGAUCAAUGGAGACUUCCUCUCCCCAGUGUACAUGCUAACCGUCCUCUGUUCCCUGGAUCUCCUCAGGAGGGUGCUAUGGAGUCAUCAUCGGAGCGCGGAGCCAUGAUGGAGCAGUAUAUACAGGAUCUGGUCCAGAGGGCAUCUGACACCAACCUGAAGGGGGAGUCCCUCCACAAGCUGUGGCCCUCCAUGUUCAUGGAGAUGGUGAAAGACUGUGUGCUGGAGAUGAGGGACCGACCGGCCUUCCGUCAGGCCUGCCUCAACAGGCUCUCCACACAGGGAAAGUGAGAGGGUGAGGGGUAGAGAUCUGGUAAAGCUCCAUAAGACCUACAGUACAGCAAACUGGACACUUACUGGACACAGGUACAGCAUACUGGACACAUACUGGACACAGGUACUGCAUACUGGACACAUACUGGAAACAUGUACAGCAUACUGGACACAUACUGGAAACAUGUACAGCAUACUGGACACAUACUGGAAACAUGUACAGCAUACUGGACACAUACUGGAAACGUACAGCAUACUGGACACAUACUGGACACAGGUACUGCAUACUGGACACCUACUAGACACAGGUACAGCAUACUGGACACCUACUAGACACAGGUACAGCAUACUGGACACCUACUAGACACAGGUACAGCAUACUGGACACCUACUAGACACAGGUACUGCAUACUGGACACCUACUUGACACAGGUACAGCAUACUGGACACCUACUAGACACAGGUACAGCAUACUGGACACCUACUAGACACAGGUACAGCAUAUUGGACCACUUCUUCUACUACAGCAUAUUGGACACUCUCAUGCUGCUCUGUCUCACCACGUUAACCUGUCUUCAUCAUCACGUGGUGUCAGCCAGUCAAGUCUUUGGGAAGUUUUGGGUUUGAUUUUUUUCAUAACUGGAAAAAUGUAUUCUGUUCGAAGAUGGAUGUGGAUUGUUCUUUUAAAGGC